AUGUCGAAAGCGGGCCCCAGCCCGGUGGUGGAUGUCGCCAAGGCUCGCCUGGACCUGGAGUCUGGGGUGAACCAGCAUGGCCCCACCCUGCUCCGGCUGGCCCUGCACGACGCCCUGACGUGGGACGACAGCUCCCGGGGUGGGGGAGCCAAUGCCUCCAUCGCCGUGCCCCUGGAGCUUGCACGCCCCGGGAACGGGGGCCUGCAGCCCGGCCUGAUCGUGGUCGAGGACCUCAUGGCCCUGCACCCCGGGCUGAGCAUGGCCGAUGCCAUUCAGCUGGCAGGUGCCGUGGCCGUGGAGGCGCUGGGAGGGCCCCACAUCCCCAUCCGCCUCGGUCGUCGGGAUAUCCGCGUGCCCCCUCCAUCGGCACGCCUGCCCACCUAUGACACAUGCUCCAGCCUCGGACCUGGCGCGCUGCUCGCCUCCUUCCAGCGGAUGGGGCUGAGUGUGCGCCAGGGGGUGGCCCUCUGUGGCGCUCACCCCUUUGGGCGCUUCUGGAGCUCCCCCAAGGUUUGGGAAGAGCUGUACCCGUCACUGGAGGCCCUGACCCCAGAGUCCCCGGCGGGAGGCAGCCCGCGGCGAUCCGUCGCUCCUCAGCCCCCGCCCACCUUUGAUGUGGAGAUCUACCGGGACAUCCUGGAGGGCAGGGACCCCCUGAGUAUAUUCCUGCUGGGGGAUCCUUCGGCCCGGGCAGCCAUGGAGGCCUUCCUUGUCAACCCCGAUCUGUGGCUCGUGGAGUAUGCAAAGGCAUUCCUGGAGGUCUCCGAGGCCCCUCUGGGACCAAGGGCCAGCCUCCUCACCGCCUGGGGGCGGGCAGGCGGCAAGGAGGUGGGCGCAGCCCUGGGCGUGGCGGCCUGCGUCGCAGCCCUGACCGUCCACCUCUGGAGGCGGCGACGGGCCCGGCGCGUCCUCCUGUAA